CCUGCGGACGGCCAACGGCACCCGCAUCUGCGCCCAGCUCUAUGCCGACAACAGCCCCUACUACGACCAGUGCUGCGGGGGGGACGUCCUGGUGGUGGACCCCGGCUCCGACGUCCCCUACAUGCCCCGCAACUGGGCCGCCCGCAUCUCCUCCUUGGUGGUGGGCACCUACAUGCCCCGCAACUGGGCCGCCCGCAUCUCCUCCUUGGUGGUGGGCACCCGCUGCGAGCUGACCGUCUGGUCUCGGGCCGGCAAGAAGGGGAAGAGCCGGCGUUUUGCGGCUGGCGCGGGGCCGCGGUUGCAGGAGGUGCGGCGGGGGCUCUUCGGCGACUGGAACGACGUCAUCAGGGGCUACUACUGCAAAUGCAACUGA